AUGCGGCGGCCCCUGGGGAGGGCUGCCUCCGACACAGGGCUGGCCUCGGGGAGCUGGUGGGACAGGUCGGGAGCAGGGCAGGGAGUAACCCCCAGGACUCGCUUGUUGCGGUCAGCCCCGAAGCAGCAGAUGGAGGGGAAGAGCAAAGGCCUCGAGUACUACUUCUCCCAGUUCCUCUGCUUCGCCAGCGUCGUGCUGCUGCUCAUUUUUCUGGGCAUCCUCGUGGUGAAGAUGAUUGGGUCAGGCUGGCUUGACAAGAGAGAGGAGAACUUUAUUCUCUUGCCUGUGGAUUGUGACAAAAGAACAGAUGAUUUCUGUCAAGCUAAACAGAAGGAUGUCGUGAUCAACGUGCUGCACGAGUUGUACAACUACUUGUCUGUUCAAGCUGGUAAUUUUGAAUGUGGAAACCCUGAGAAUCUAAAAAGCAAAUGCAUUUGGGUUAGUGAAGCAAAGGAUCAUGUGGUGAAUGUAACUGGUAGUUCCCCAAAGAAGUUUGAAGCUGCCCUGCACUGGAUACUAAACACUAACAAGGAUUUAGGAAUAUGGUUGAAAGGCAGAGACCUUUCGGAACCAGUUACCAAAGUGGAGGACGUGUUCUGCCUUGAAUCAGCCCAUCCUCAGAUGGGCCUUGGCUGCCGUUUCCGUCGGGCAGUGGUCACUGCCAUCAUGAACCUCUUCCUGUUCUUCUGGUGUCUGAUAACUCUUUGGGGGAUCCUGCUCUUCCUUAGGUAUCGCUGGCGGAAGAUGGAGGAAGAGGAACAGGCCAUGUAUGAAAUGGUGAAGAAGAUCAUAGCUGUUGUCCAGGACCACUAUAAGGAAUGGGAACGGAACCUGGAGCGUUACCCCUAUGUUGGAAUAUUCCAUGUUCGGGACAGCCUCAUCCCCCCUCAGAGCAGAAAGAAAAUGAAGCGGGUGUGGGAGAGAGCUGUGGACUUCCUGGCUUCAAAUGAGUCACGGAUUCAGACAGAGUCACACAGGGUAGCAGGAGAAGAUAUGCUCGUGUGGAGAUGGACUCAGCCUUCUUACGUCUCGGAUUCAGAGCACUGAAGAGGAACAGAAGUUGAGCAACUGUCAGUAUGGACCUCGGCAAGGGGACAGUCCCCUCUCUGGUGGUGGGAAAGAGCAGGUCAUGGUCCUGAUCCUCUGGGGUGGGGGAUUGCACGUAGCUGUUUGCUCUUCUUUCUGAAAAUCUUCACACACAAAACUUCAGGGCAAUAAUGUUGGCUUGGAAAGAAGGUGGGCUUGAGCUGGUGGGAAGCUAGAAUUGCACCAAAGUUACCCUUCCAGCAGAUGUCUGGCUUCCAGGAGCAAGCAAACCUAGAACAACUUGCAAA